GGCGUAAAAGUCUAAAAUUUCCUUGGUAGAAGUAAUGUUUUGUAAACACUUUUCAGCCGAAAAUCCCAUGUUUUUACUCUCCACAUUAGCAGUAGAAGGAAGUGGUCGCGUUUAGCACUUAGAAUGAUUUUAAAGAAAUAUAUUUUAGUCAAGUUUAUAUGUACCAUUUUGUUCGUUACUUUUGUACACGGUGCAAAGAAUUCUGAUGAAUAUACAAGCGCCAGUGGAACCAAACCGGAUAUUGCUAGGCAAGGGAAAACGAAAAAAGCUAAAAUGGCGCAAAAAACAGCUACAGGAACGUUUUCAAACGUAAUAACUCAGAUACAAAAUCUACCAACCAUGGAGCUCGGCCGAAAGUUCCGGACGCCCUGUAAAACUGGUAAUCGAUGCGGAAAGGUCAUAAAAAGGCUGAUGGUGCCAAAGUUGGCCCAACUGGAGAAUACUAUAAUGGGUAUCAUGAAGGAGCUAGCCAAGUUACCGCCGGGCGCACGACUACCUGACAAGUUCACCAAGACAGAACCUAUCAAGUUGUUGCUAGAUCAGAAUUAUAAAGAGGACGUGUGCAUGGACAAGCUGGAGUCGUGUCUCAAAGAGGACAAGCGUCGUAAGCGCAUCUUAAAGAAGUUGUUCUUCAAGAAAUACAACACUCUUCGACAGGAUCUGAUCGGAUACGGCGGCAGGAGGCUGUGGGGCGGGGAGGGGAACCUCUUCUAUAGGAAAUAAGUGUAGUUUUAAAUAAAUGAUAGUUGUAUAUUAAAUGAAUACUUGUAGA